UAGGACACGAGGUACAGAACGUAAAUAACAACACGGAAGUGGAAAGAGGAAGCGCAAACGUCACACGGAUCGGUUUUAUGUCUAUUUGUAUUUCUUAUUCCAACAGCGUGACCGUCGAACUUACCCAGCGACUGCGACAGGGGAAUAAUAUUUACAUGAGUAUAAAUCGUUUUAAGGGUUCGAUAUUAUUUCCCCCUUCUUUGUACCUGUGAGUAAUGGAGGGCUCCAAGACGUCGAGCACGACGAUGCAGGUUAGCUUCGUUUGUCAGCGGUGCUGCCAGCCUCUCAAGCUGGACACGUCCUUCAAUGCACUGGACCGGGUUACCGUCCACGAACUGACUGCUCCGUUGUUGACAGUCACGCCCAGCAGACAAGAGGAUUGUGGCGGAGACACAACAACAGAAGAGACCUUUGUAGAAAACAAGCAAGACGGUGUUUCAAGGAAAUACAUCCCCCCAGCACGCAGAAUGAUGUCCACAGAGAGCGCCAACAGCUUCACACUGAUCGGAGACGCUUCGGACGGAGGCAGCAUGGAAAAUCUAAGCCGCAGACUCAAGGUGACGAGUGACCUGUUUGACAUCAUGUCCGGUCAGACGGAUGUGGAUCACCCGCUGUGCGAGGAGUGUACAGACACCCUGUUGGACCACCUGGACACACAGCUCAACAUCACCGAGAAUGAAUGUCAGAAUUACAAGCAGUGCCUGGAGCUCCUGUCGCAGCUGCAGGUUGAGGACGAGGAGACGCUGCUGGGCGAGCUGGCGCAUCUGAAGGAGGAGGAGGCGGCGCUGGUGCAGCAGCUGGAGGCCGUGGAGGAGCAGCGGGCCGCCGUGGCCCAGGAGCUGACGCAGAGCCGCGGCCACGCCCAGCAGCUGGAAAAGGAAGAGCUGCAGUACCAGAAGGAGUACAGCGAGUUCAAACGUCAACAGCUGGAGCUGGAUGAUGAGCUGAAGAGCGUCGACAACCAGAUGCGUUACUGCCAGAUCCAACUGGAUCGACUCAAGAAGACCAACGUCUUCAACGCCACUUUUCACAUCUGGCACAGCGGCCAGUUUGGCACCAUCAACAACUUCCGCCUGGGUCGACUUCCGAGCGUGCCCGUGGAAUGGAACGAGAUCAAUGCGGCCUGGGGGCAGACGGUGCUGCUGCUGCACGCGCUGGCCAACAAGAUGGGGCUGCGCUUCCAGAGGUAUCGCCUGGUGCCCUAUGGAAAUCAUUCUUACCUGGAGUCCCUUACGGACAAGUCGAAGGAACUUCCAUUGUACUGUUCGGGUGGCCUGAGGUUCUUCUGGGACAAUAAGUUUGACCACGCCAUGGUGGCCUUCCUGGACUGUGUGCAGCAAUUCAAAGACGAGGUGGAAAAAGGCGACACGGGCUUCUGCCUUCCGUACAGGAUGGACGUGGAGAAGGGCAAGAUCGAGGACACGGGCGGCAGCGGCGGCUCGUACUCCAUCAAGACUCAGUUCAACUCAGAGGAGCAGUGGACCAAGGCGCUCAAGUUCAUGCUCACCAACCUCAAGUGGGGGCUGGCCUGGGUCACCUCGCAGUUCUACAACAAAUAAAAAUAAAAAAAGCCACAAGAAAGAAACGUGGUGAUGCAACAGUGUUGGAGAAGGCCUACCUUGUGGUGUGGGCCGUGAGACUUGAUUGUAAAAAUUCCGUAAUCAUGUUUCUUCAUGGGGCACUUCCAUGUA